UCCGCUUCGGAUUCCUAUUGGUCGAGAAACAUAGAGUGAGAUGACGUAUGUUCCGUGUUUCUGGGUCCCGCUGAAAAGGUAACUUUCGGUCACUUCUGGGUUCAGACAUGACUGACUGGGUUUUCGGCUGCUGAGGCUCAUCGCGGUGACAAGACCAAAUUCUUUCAUAAUACACCUGCCAACUCCUGACAGCUGUUCACUUACUUUUUUAAAUAUAAAAAAAAGCCGUUCAACAAUCAAGACUCUUUCGACCACCGCACACCAAAAUGGGUAUCCAGUCAAACUCUGCCCUCCAAUCUAUCCUGCUCUUUCCAAUCCACCUUCUGAUUUGGAUGUACUCAAUCCUCUCCUUCCUUCCUUGGUACUUCGUCACUGGAGUUCGCCAAAGAAAAUCUCUUUCCAGGCGAAUUAAGGCCCGCGCUCUGACAGGCCAACCAGAGGGACCGUACCGAUCCGUCGACCACUUUGAUUCUCUGGCCGUGGAGGAUUACCCAGGGAAGGACACCCUGGAUAAGUUGUUCAGGCACGCUGUUCAACGAUUUGGACCCGAUCCUUGUCUCGGGACUAGAGAGAUCCUGAACGAGGAGAAUGAGGUCCAGCCCAACGGUAAAGUUUUUAAAAAGCUGAUCUUAGGGGAGUACACAUGGUUAUCCUACAAUGAAGUGGAAGCUAUAAUAAAUGAGUUUGGUAGUGGAUUGGCAGCACUGGGCCAGCAGCCAAAAAGCACCAUCGCCAUCUUCUGUGAAACCAGAGCGGAGUGGAUGAUCACUGCUCAGGCCUGCUUCAGGCACAAUUUCCCACUGGUGACUUUUUAUGCAACUUUAGGAGAGGAGGCGAUUGCAUAUGGGCUAAACGAAACAGGAGUUACACAUCUGGUUACCAGCAUGGAACUGCUGGAGUCUAAACUAAAAAAUGUGCUGCCACAGAUCCCCUCUUUAAAACAUGUGAUCUACGUGGAUGAGAAGAAGUUCAAAGCAGAAGGCUAUCCUGAAACGAUCUCCAUCCACAGCAUGCAGGCCGUCCAGGAGCAGGGCAAGCUGCCGGAGAACAUGAAUAAGCCGAUUCAGACCCCUGAAGCCUCCGAUCUGGCUGUGGUGAUGUACACCAGUGGUUCUACCGGCAGGCCCAAAGGAGUCAUGAUCGUUCACAGUAACCUCAUCGCAGGAAUGACAGGCCAGUGUGAACGCAUCCCAGAUCUUGGACCUAAAGAUACGUACAUUGCCUAUCUGCCGCUGGCUCACGUCCUCGAAAUGACGGCAGAAAUCUCCUGCGUUACAUACGGCUGCCGCAUCGGAUAUUCAUCUCCUCAGACUCUGUCAGAUCAGUCCACUAGAAUAAAGAAAGGGAGUAAAGGAGACUGCUCUGUUCUCAAACCCACACUGAUGGCAGCUGUUCCUGAAAUAAUGGAUCGCAUCAACAAGAACGUGAUGAGCAAAGUGCAGGAAAUGAGUUACGUCCAACGGACGCUGUUUACGCUGGGAUACAAAUAUAAACUGGAACAGGUUAAGAAGGGCUAUGACGCACCUCUCUGCAACUUCUUUUUAUUCCGAAAAGUGAAGAAGCUGCUGGGUGGGAAUGUGAGGAUGAUGCUGUCGGGGGGAGCGCCCCUGUCCUCGGCCACGCAGAGGUUUAUGAACGUGUGCUUCUGUUGUCCCGUGGGCCAAGGCUACGGCCUGACUGAAACCUGCGGCGCUGGCACCAUCACAGAAGUUGCAGACAUCAGCACGGGUCGCGUUGGAGCUCCUCUGGUUUGCUGUGAGAUCCGCCUCAGGGACUGGGCCGAGGGUGGGUACACCACAAAAGAUACGCCAAACCCGAGAGGAGAGAUUCUUAUAGGCGGACCCAAUGUGACCAUGGGUUACUUUAAACACGACGGGAACGAUAACGACUUUUUCGAGGAUGACAAGGGUCAGCGGUGGUUCUGCACCGGAGAUAUCGGAGAGUUUCACCCUGAUGGCUGUCUGCAGAUAGUGGACCGCAAGAAAGAUUUGGUGAAACUGCAGGCCGGGGAGUACGUCUCUCUUGGUAAAGUGGAAGCUGCUCUGAAAACCUGCCCUCUGGUCGACAACAUCUGCGCAUACGCAAACAGUGAACAGAACUACGUCAUCAGCUUUGUGGUUCCGAACCAGAAGAAACUGACCGACAUGGCCAAGCAGAAAGGAAUCGAGGGAACGUUGGAGGAGCUCUGCGUUCACCCCGACAUGGAAAAGGAGGUUCUGAAGGAGAUUACGGAUGCCGCACACAAAAUUAAACUCCAGCGAUUUGAGAUUCCAGUGAAGGUCCAUCUGAGUCCAGAGCCGUGGACCCCCGAAACGGGUCUGGUGACGGACGCGUUCAAGCUGAAGAGAAAGGAGCUGAAGAACCACUACUCUGACCACAUAGAGAGGAUGUAUGGAGGGAAAUAGGUCGACUUUUUCAACAUCAUCACCACUGUUUUACAAAUAAUUAGCCUGGCUUUUCCUGAUGGAAUUUUGACACCGUUCAAUACCGGUGGAAAGCCACGACCAAUCAGAGCUAUAAAACACACAAUCGGUACUAACACUUCAUCUCCCUCUGCUUCAUCAGCAGCAGCCAUUCUGGUUGUUUACCCAAGUGCCUCAGCGGUGCUCCUCUGUACAAACAAGUCCAAUUAAAGUAGAUUAGUUGUGACUGUUUAGUGCCAGUCAGAUAUAAGAGGAAGCAAGAGAUUUAUGUUUAUUUAUUUUGCUCUUUUUUUGUUGUUUCUACACUUAAGCUGUUCUGGCUUUCAGGCCAGUAAACAAUGACUCUUACUGGACUUAAACCUAACCAUACUCCAAAUAAUUUGUCUGAAGCUGUAGAUAGCUGUAAAAACAAAACAAAGUCUGCUUCUUUUUUCCUUCUCUCUUUUAAAUAUUGUGUCUAAUUUGUGACUGUAAUAGAUGCACUGGAGUGACAAAUGUUUCCAGGAGUUCAGCUACAGCACUCGACUGCCAUUCACCAUAAACCUGUCUGCACUCUGCACCAGACUGCCACAAAGUUGAUGAUUUUUUUUUUCUGUGGCGUUACAAGAACAUUAACAAAGGUCAAUAUCAAAGAGGCUUACUCUUUAGUGAAACUGGAGUACUGAUGUUACUGUGCCUUCAGUCUUACAGUACUUGCAUAGUAAAGUGGUUCUAGACUUCUAAAUGGCUUCAUAGCCGUGUUUACACGAGAGGAAAAAUGAUACCCACCCAAAGAUAGACGAGUUAUUACAAACACAUUUCACUUUAUCCACUGGUUUCAUUUUUUUUAUUUUUUUGCCAGUUGUAUUUAAUUUAUACUUCUGUUGGUGUAUUGAAUUAGGAGGUGACCAAAAAGGAUGAACAAGUCUGUCUCAGGAAGAUGCGCAUUCUUCAAAAAUGUGAAGGAAGGAUUUGCUUGUUGGUGAUGCAUUUCAAGAUUCUUGAGGGCACAUUAUUUAUUUAGGAAAAGCAACGCUGAACUGCCCACAGGCUUAGCAGCCGUAGUUCCAGCUGGAUUACUGUAAUGCUGUGCAUAUUGUACCUCGGGUAAAAGCAACGUCCGGUUUAGGAUCAGGAGGUUCUGAAUGUGUUCAAUAUCAUAGAAGAGUUUUCUGUGGAUUUUUUUUCCAAGUACCUUUUUUUUUUGUUGUUGUUAAAUUUAAGACCGUGACAGCUGCUUUCAUGUUGUCUGGAAAUUGUAUUUAUUUUCACGUCCUUAUGGUCACAUGCUCUGUCCAGGUUCAAAGAAUAAAGAUCUUUUCAUAGGAAUGUU